UCUGAUUUGGGUGUUUUGUUUUGCUUCUUCUUUUACCUAUGCAGGUGAAGAGGAAUGGAUGGUAGUAGGAGGAUUUAUACCAGGAACCAGUGGGAUAAAAGAUGGAAUGAGGAAAAGAAGAGAAAAUUAAGUCAAAGUUGCAAGAAUGAGUCAUCUGGAUUUACUGGUAAUGGAAGCAGUGAGCAUGGUUCCACAAGUAGAAUGGUGGGGAAAAUUGUUGGGGAAAAAGCUGGGGGGAGUGGCAGUUCUGGUAAUGGUGAUAAUUUCUCAUUCAUGGAGGGAUUAAAUAGGAACAAGAAAAAGAGGAGGAUUGAAUCAGAAAAUGUGGUAAAGGAGGUGGAGAAGAACAAGAAGGUUAAGGUGAAAGAAAAAAUUGUGAUUGAUGCCCAUAAUGUUAGUUCAGAAGACAAAGAUGAAGAUGAGGAUGAUAAUGAUGCUGCUGGGGAUGAAGAAUUUGCCCUUCAAUCAAUACUUUCAGAGAAGACUGACAACCGGGCGGAGGAGAGCAGCAAAAAGGUGGAGGCAAAGGCAGUUUUGGCAGAUAAUUUCAGUACUGAUAGCGGUGAAUCUCGUGGAAGUCCAUUGAACGAGAAAAAUUCUGACUAUGAUGAUGACUAUUUUGAAUUCUUGGAGGAAUAUUUGGCUGUUCCACCAUCCGGUAAAGAAAAGUCAAAACAUGGGGUAGAGAUGAACAAUGAGGCUGUGGAUGAUAUAAAAUGCGGGAGUGAUGCAAGUGAAUCUUUUGCUCUUUCGUCAGAUAGUACCGAGAAUUUGGAAAAAUGGGCAGAGAAGAAGAAGAUGAAUGAGAAGGGAAAGAGAAAGGCAAAAUUGGAGAUCAUAGAUGACGAUGUUAGUCCAAAGGUUGAAGGUUUGGAUAAUGUUAAUAUAAAGGAUGGUCCUGCAUAUCGGCUUAGGUCCCGUUCAGUCUCCAAAUAUGAAAUGAAGGAAAAGGAUCCCGCAAAUGUUACAAACCCACUCCCUCCUCCUAAGGAGGAUUGGGGAUCCGAGACUUCAUCUGAUGACAAAAAAGAUGAUUGUUGUGUGCGAAUUCAUGUUAAUAAAGACAAAAAGAACGUAGAGCGCCCAAGCAAAAGGAGGAAGGGAAAACAUGGAUUGGGAGAACUUAACUUUAAGAAAAUACUUCUCAACUCUAUAUUGAAGGAUGUGGAUAUCACCAAGAACAAUCUGCAAUUUUGCAACGAGAAUAUUCCCGGGCAGUUGCCUCUAAAGUUCCGGUUUGAGGAUGAAGUUCCUACUCCGCCUGAGAAAAUGGAAUGGGAGAUCGAAAUUGACAGCCUCUUUGUGGAUCUUCAAACAGGUCUACAGGAAGACAAGGAUAGCUUAACAACCACUCAACCUUCGGUGAAUGAAGACAACAUAUCUGCAGAAAAACACGAUGAUUCAGCAGUCUGCUGCGAAAAGGGGAACCAUUUUAUUAUUUUAGAUGAACAGAUCGGGCUAAUCUGCAAGUAUUGUUCCUUUGUGAGUCUGGAGAUGAAGUACAUCUUACCCGAAUUUGCUAAAAAAACCGGGAGGAGACAAGGGAUGAGAUUUUAUGACGAUUUGGAUUGUCCCUUAAAUGGCGAUAACCUCCCAUUGGAUGGCGCUUCUGGAAAUCAUUGUAAUUCAAUACAUGGCGGAACGACAGUAUGGGACAUUCUUCCUCCGGGGACUAAAGGAACAAUGUAUCCUCAUCAACGCGAGGGGUUUGAGUUCUUAUGGAGAAACAUUGGCGGGGAUAUUCACAUCGAGAAUCUGAAAAAGCUGCAGUCUGAUUGUGGGAAGGGAUGCAUAAUCUCGCACGCGCCUGGUACUGGGAAAACCCGCCUCACGAUAGUGUUUCUCCAGUCGUUCAUGAAGCUCUUCCCCGAUAGCCAUCCAGUAAUCAUAGCCCCUCGAAGCAUGCUUCUUACCUGGGAAGCUGAAUUCCGAAAAUGGGAUGUGGAUAUUCCCUUCCACAACGUGAACAAUCCAGCGUUGUCGGGUAGGGAAAACAGUAUCUCGCAUAAUUUUCUGAAUGAAUUCAAAAACACAGAAUCAAAGCGACUGCUGAAGGUGUAUUCGUGGGCAGAAGGUUCGGGUAUUCUGGGAAUCACCUAUCGCCUGUUCGAGCAGUGUGUCAGAGUGAAAGAAAAUAAAGAAGAUGACAAGUUGAGAAAAAUUCUUCUUCAAGUUCCAGGUCUAGUAGUGCUUGAUGAAGGGCACACUCCGAGAAACGAUGAAAGUCUUAUUUGGAAGGCCUUGUCAAAACUAGAAACGCCACGGAGAAUUAUCCUAUCCGGAACGCCCUUCCAAAACAACUUUGAUGAGCUAUAUAAUACCCUCUGCCUUGUUUCUCCAAAAUUUUCCGAUUUUUCUUCUGGGAGUCCGCUAAAACAUAUGCGGAGAACGAAGGCAGCAAAGAAGAAAUGGGAUCGUCUUACUAGUUCUAUUGGAAAGAACAAGAACGAUGCCAUAAAGGAACUCAAGAGAAUCAUUGCCCCGCUAGUCCAUGUACACAACGGCUCUGUACUGCAAGAGCGUCUUCCUGGCGUAAGGAGCACUUUGGUCUACCUAAAGCCCACGAGUUGGCAAAAGAAGUUGUUCAGUGCAAUACCACAGAAAAAACUCUUUGAGGAAGAUCAUGUCAUGACUCGGAUAUCUGUUCACCCUUCACUGGCGAAAGAUAUUCCAGAAUUUUCCGAAUACAGGAGCGAGAUGAAAAAACUCGAAUUGAAUCCCGAUGCAGGAGUGAAGACCGAGUUCCUCUUUGCACUGAUAUGCUUAAGUGUGUCACAUGGCGAAAAAGUUAUAGUCUUUAGUCAGUAUAUUGCCCCGAUGGAGCUUAUUAAGAAGCAGCUAAAAUCUGUGUUUGAUUGGGUUGAAGGCCGGGAAGUGUUGCAUAUGGAUGGUGAAAUCGAUGUGCAUCAUCGCCAAGCGUCUAUUAAUACGCUUAACGAUCCCAAGAGUGAAGUGAAGGUGCUUCUCGCAUCAACCAGGGCCUGUUGUGAAGGCAUAAACCUGGUUGGGGCUUCGAGAGUUGUUUUGCUCGACGUCGUUUGGAAUCCCUCGGUUAAGAGGCAAGCGAUUAGUCGGGCAUAUAGGCUCGGUCAAAAGAAGAUUGUGCAUGUAUAUCACUUGAUUUCUUCAACCAUGGAGGCUAGGAAAUUUGCUUGCCAGAGGAAAAAGGACUUCAUAUCUGAGUUGGUCUUUUCUACCUCGGAUGGGCUUCCUUGCGAGAAAGGCCUCCCGGUUUCUGAAGACAAAAUAUUGGAAGCCAUGGUUCAGCAUCCUAAGCACCGCCAUAUAUUUGAUCGCCUAUAUCAUGAUCCGAAAGUGUCAGAUUUAAUCGACACAUUUAACUUUGUGGAAUGAUUUAAGUGAUGGCUCUCUGCAACCCAAACCAAUAGUCUUAAAAGGAAUCAUUUGUAUAUACAUUACGUAGUGUGAUCAGAUCUGUUUUGGGAUAUAAUGAUCUGAUGAACUCAAAGUCUGUUUUGGAUGCCUCGUUAACUAGCAGUUAACAGCGCUGCUCAUUGCAAUCUCGCCUUCAAGAAUCGAGCAUUGGAGUGAUUUUUGUGGUAAUCCAUUAUGUCUGUAUGCCUUCACAAAAUGUUUUGUGUGGUUUUUUGGGACAUUUUCCAGGCAUGUAGGAGUCUUUGCUAACUUGCUGAAUGUUUUUUUUUGGCUGUAAAUCUGUUUGUAUGCUGUAGCUGCCUUUAGCCAAUAGCCACACCAUCUGCUAUUUUGGAAACUUUUUAUCUUAAA